AGUAAAGACCCGGAAGUGCUAGCAGCGUUAGCAGCGUUAGCUCGGUGCAGCAGACGGUUGUGUUGUGGUGUCGUAGAUAAAUGUCCUCUAGUUGGAGGAGGAACGAUGUCUUCGGUCCCCCGGCUCCUCAGCGAGCGGCUCCCUGCGGCUUUUGAAGACGUUUUUCCGGUGUUUGAGAAGACUGUGGUCCGCCAGAGCAGACUGCUGGAUGUCAGCUGGCAGCCCGAAAUAAAGCUGCACAGAAUCGACCCCCUGCAACAACAUGCCUGUAAGGAACAGGAGGUUCUUGAUAACCUGCAGCUCAGUAACCAGGACAGAAACUUCACAGAACCUCGACAGAUUAAAGAGAAACCAGAGGAACCAGAACCUCUGCAGAUAAAACAGGAGCCGGAAGAACUCUGCACUCGUCUGGACAAGAAUGAACCAAAACCUCCAUGGAUUAAAGAGGAACAGCAGGAACUCUGGACAAGUCUGGAAAAUGAGGAACCAAACCUUUUACAAAUCCAAGAGGAACAGCAGGAACAAGAGCCGGCAUGGGCUACAGAGGAAGAAGAGGAACUCUGCUCUAGUCUGGACAAGAAUGAACCAAAACCUCCAUGGAUUAAAGAGGACCAGGAGGAACUCUGGACGAGUCUGGACAAUGAGGAACCAAACCUUUUACAGAUCCAAGAGGACCAGCAGCAACAAGAGCCACCACAGACUAAAGAGGAUGAAGAGGAACUCUGGACGAGACUGGACAAUAAUGAGCCACACCUUUUACAGAUUAAAGAGGAACAGCAGGAAUUAGAGCUACAACAGAUUAAGGAGGAACAGGAGGAACUCUGGAUGAGUCUGGAUGAUGAGGAACCAGACCUUAUACAGAUUAAGGAAGAACAGGAGGAACUCUGGACAAGCCUGGAUGAUGAGGAACCAGACCUUAUAGAGAUUAUAGAGGAACAGGAGGAACUGUGUACCAGUCCCAUGGUGCCCAUAUCAGAGAGUCAUUAUGAUACUGACACAUUUGAAAACUCUGUAAAUUUUGAAAUGGAUGGAAAAACCUUAAAUAACAAGCCCCAAAUUAAGGAUCAAAGCAAAGGUCACACAGAUGGGAAGCCAAUUUUUAGCAGCAUGUGUGGGAAAACUUUUCCUUCUAGCGAUCCCAUGAAAGUCCACAUGACAACUCACACAGGCAGAAAGCUGCAUUGUUGUGAAACCUGUGGGAAAACUUUCGCAAGAAGUGAUCGAUUGUCUCGCCACAUGAGGGCCCACACAGGUGAGAAGCCAUACCUUUGUAUCACCUGUGGGAAAAGACUUGCUGACAUGUCAACAUACAAAAAGCACAUAGCGCUCCAUACAGGUGAAAAGCCUUACCUGUGUAACAUCUGUGGAAAUAGAUUUAUUGAUGAAUCCAAUUUAAAAAGGCACAUUAGAACUCAUACACGGGGGAAGCCAUUUUUUUGCAAUGAGUGUGGGAAAAGUUUUUCUUUUAAUGCUCCCUUCAAAGCCCACAUGAGAACUCACACAGGCGAAAAGCCGUAUAGUUGUGAAACCUGCGGGAGAAGUUUUGCAAGAAGUGAUAAAUUGUUGCGCCAUGUCAGAAGUCACACAGGUGAGAAGCCGUACCUUUGUACCACCUGUGGGAAAAGGCUUGCUGACUCGUCAACAUAUAAAAAGCACAUGGCAAUCCACACGAGAACUCACACAGAUGAGAAGCUGCAUUCUUGUGAAACUUGUGGUGAAACUUUUAGACAUAUUAACAAGUUGUUGUGCCACAUGAGUGUUCACACAGGUGAGAAACCUUACCUCUGUAACACCUGUGGGAAUAGCUUUUUCGACAGAUCAAAUUUUCAAAGGCACAUUAGAACUCACACAGGGGAGAAACCUUAUUCUUGCAAAAUAUGUGGAAGAGACUUUGCCCUUAGCACUACCUUAAAAAUCCACAUGAGGAUUCAUACAGGUGAGAGGCCAUUUGUUUGCAUUGUUUGUGGGCAUGGAUUUAUGAUCAGCUCUAGUUUGAAAUACCACAUGAUGACUCACAGGGACAAGACGUCAGAGUCCUGAAACAUCUGUGGGUAAAGAAUGAUCAGGGAGGCCAAACUUGAAGAAACAUGUAAGAAUUUAUGCAGUUUAACAGUCAAGCUUUCAAAGCUUUUAUUGCACGAUGACUCCAACAGAAGCUCAUUGCAUCUGUGCUUUCAAUGGAUUAUUUUCUUCAAACCAAUGUUUGGAAACUGUCAUGCUAAAAUUCUUCAUUUGAACGGUUGUAAACUUUUCCAAAAGCGCUGAAGUUGCAAUGCAUUAGUGACACAAACUGUGACCUAGUUUGUAUUUCUUCAGAUUUGUUAAAAAUCAUAUACAUCUGAUUAGCUUUUUUCUUUUUGCUGCAAAACUAUUAAUAGGAAGUCUUAAAAAUGGGAGGAUUUUGUGGCAGGUUCUGAAAUGUUCCCAUUACUGUAUCAUAAAUGUAUCGUAUAUUACUUGAUACGAUCUCCGAACUUUCUUCUUCUGUUGUGCUUUUUGAAUGUAAACCUGGGUUUAAAGUUGAGCUUUAAUGUUUAUUCAUAUUUUUAUUAACUAUAAAUAAUAUUUUAGUAAUACACCGAUCAGGCAUAACAUUAUGACCACCUGCCUAAUAUUAUGUUGGGGCAUGGACUCCACUAAACCCCUGAAGGUAUGCUGUGGUAUCUGGCACCAAGAUGUUAGCAGCAGAUCCUUUGUCCUUGAAGUUGCGAGUCCAUAGAUCGGACUUGUUUGUCCAGCACAUCCCACAGAUGCAGGAUUGGAUUGAGCAGCUGGUUGUCUGUUCAACCAUUGUUGACACCAUAUCAAGAACAGAGGAGUUUGAGAUCCUCAGCUAUUAUAUGUGGUUUCGGUUUGCCCGAACUUCCCCGAGGCCGACCGAAAGUUCUUCUCCAUGGCCUCCCCAAACUCCUCCCACACCCGAAAACUCCUCCCACACCCGAGUUUUUGCUUCCACAACCACCACAGCUGCCGCCCUUUUGUCCAGCCGGUACCUGUCAGCUGCUUCGGGAGACCCCUGAGCUCAAAAAGUCUCCUUUUUCAGCCUGACGGCCUCCCUCGCCGCUGGUGUCCACCAGCGGAUCUUUGGAUUGCCACCGCAACAGGCACCAGUGACCUUCAGACCACAGCUCCUAGCAGAUGCUUCUGCAUUGGAGGCUUUGAACAUGGACCAAUCAGAAUCCAUGUCCCCAACCUCCCCCGGGAUGCAGGAGAAACUCUUCCGGAGGUGGGAGUUGAAAACCCUAUGGACAGGGUCCUCCGCCAGACGUUCCCAGUUCACCCGCGCUACACAUUUGGGUUUACCAGGUCUGUCCGGCAGUCUUCCUCGCCAUCGGAUCCAACUCACCACCAGGUGGUGAUCAGUUGACAGCUCUGCACCUCUCUUCACCCGAGUGUCCAAAACAUACGGCUGCAGGUCUGAUGAUACGACUGUAAAGUCAAUCAUCGACCUUUGGCGUAAGGUGCUCUGGUACCAAGUACACUUAUGAGCAACCUUUUGCUCGAACAUGGUGUUUGUUAUGGACAAUCUAUGACUAGCACAGAAGUCCAAUAACAAAACACCACUCUGGUUCAGAUCGGGCAGGCCGUCUCCUGCUCUAGUUUCCUUUUCUCCAUUCCCUGCUACCUACUGACAGCUAGUCACCAUGGACAGAGCAGAAUGAAUUGUUGGAUGGUUACCGUGACAGCGCAGUUUUACUAUUGUUGUGCGCCGUGAAAAACAAAAUGGCAUUAAAACAAUAGUUCAGCUAUUUAGCCAUUUCCUUCCAGUCGCUUGCAUCCCCUGUCAUGCCUCUGCCCCCCCCCCAGGGAGUGUGCCCCACACUUUGAGAAACUCUGCAUUAUAGUGUUUGUGGCUGAGAUUAGAUUAGAUUGGAUUAGAUUAGAUUUUUUUAUUCAUCACAUACAGUAUGGCAGUGACUGUCCACCAGGCUUAAUAAGUACAAAAUAUUAAAAUAGGUAAAAAAAACAACAACAAAUAGGUAAAACUGUAAUAUACAAAAAUACAAACAGGUAAAACUGACAUAUUUAUGGAAUGUACGGAGUGCAGUCUAAUGAGUGGAUCAAAUUGGCCCUGUUUAAGUCGGCUCAGGAGUCACCAGCUGUAGUCGAUCGUAUUUGCUCACAAGAAGAGGUCAUACCACUACAGACCUGUGAUUGACACAACCUUUACAUCACCAAAACGGAUCAUUUAAGUUUAUAUAUAUAUAUAUAUAUAUAUAUAUAUAUAUAUAUAUAUGUAUGUGUGUGUGUGUGUGUGUGUUUGACCCAGCAGAUUUUGUCAAAUUUCCCAACGACCUAUGAUAAAUCUGUGAAAAAAACAAAAUGCAUGAUUGGUUUUGUUUUGUUGUUUGGACAAAGACAUGUUUCAGUGAUUCUAUCAUAGAAAAUUAGGGGGUGUAGAUGUUGUGGCAUUGUAAUACUGAACAAAUGUUAAACGAGGCCAAUAGGAUGUUUAAAUUAGAUUUUAGUAUAAACAAUGAUAAGAGUGGAAAACCUAAUGUGUCAACCAAAUUUAUGUAUACACAAAAUAAUCCUGUGAAAAUGGCAACCCUUACAGAAGCCCAUAUAAAGCAUAGCCAGGAAGUCCAUGCGCUCUGUCUUUUUCUGCACUUGUGAGUUGAAACCAAGGUUGUAUCGACCUAAUGGAAAUUAUGUUUACCUAAUAGAAAUAAUGUUAACCUAGCAGAAAUACAAAAGAGGAGGUGGUCAAAUUUUUGAUAAGACUACAUCAUCCACUCUCCAGACAUGAAUAUAGUCAAACAUAAUGAUGGUAGAAAUAUCCUGAUUGGGUUUUCAGAUGAUGGGUUGUGGUUUUCCAGGAUGGAAGAGGAGUGUUUAGAAGAAUUUUGCUUAAGUAUAUAAGACGAUGUAAUGCUUUCUGUAGUCAGUUAAAAUCGUGAAAUUUUGCUCAUGUUUGUUCUUACAGCCUAUAUUGAAUAAACAUUAUUUGCAUGAGACUCUGAA